UUUCUUCCUUGAAUUCAUCUUGUUGCCGUCAACAAUUUGCAUUUUACAUCACGUGAAACGAGCUCAAAAUUUGGGCCAAUUCUGACGCCCACGUUAAAAACUUGAGAAGCCAGAUCUAGCAGACGACACACGAUGCAUUUCGCGGCACCAGUCAGGUUUCAUGCCAUCAAGUACUCACUGCUGCUCGGUGUGCUAUUUAUAGACAGCUACGUCAACUCCCAGAACCCCACCACGAGCCCCGCCCUCGUCUCUCACUGCGACUACCUGCUCAGGAGCGACGGGAACGGGGGGUUCGCACCCUUCGCCACCGGCACCUCGGCCUUUAAGAUCUACACCAUGGCCAAAGUGUCAGAGGUCACGGCCGGUCAUCCCAUACAGGUAACCAUAGGACCAUUCAGCCAGCACCUAAACUUCUUUAACUUCACGGAUUUCAUCCUCUACGCCAGCCCUGCCAACACCGCCAACCUUGAACUUGAGUACUUCCCCGGAGGUCCUAACCCCCACCUGGGGGUGUUCCAGUUGUUUGACCAGUGGAGGGCGGGGGCUGGUGGUAUGAGCUGUAAUGCUCGGUCAAGGACCGAGGAUUCGGUUGGAGCCUUCGAGGAGCGACUCCUGAACAUCUUCAAGCGCUACUACCCCAACAACCCCAUGCUGAUGAGGUACCAGCCCCCCGCCAGAAACCAGGUCUCCGUCUUGUGGUGGCCAACUAAAGAAGCUCUCGCUUACCCGGAAAUCAAAUUUAUAGCUAACCUUAAGUCAAUGAACAACUGGUUUAAAAUAGAAUCAACAAUAUGGAAAGUUAACAGACCGGUCGACCACUGGGCAAUGACGGAGAGGAUGCUGACACAGUACCAGGCCAUACAAAACAACAUGCGUGCCAUGGAAAGGCGUUUAGACCAGCCGGUGUAGUACGGUUACCUCCCUGUCGUUUAGACCAAUCGGUGUAGCGCAGUGAUCUCCCUGUGAAGCUACUGUGUUGUUUAGAAGAGCGUCGUUUCGUCGACCUUACAUCUUGCUG